AUGCCUACCGUUCUCCAGACAGCGGGCGACAUGGUCGACAAUCUGGGAAACAAGAUUCACUACACCACGAGGAGAGUGGGUGAUCAGAUCGAGACCACCACCAACCAGGUGUUGCCGCCCAAGCAGCGCGAGCACAUGCUCGAGAGAGCCCGGGAAUACGCUCGCCAGAACCCGAAAGCAGCAGCCUUUCUGACCACACAGACCGCAUUGACUGGUCUCCCGCUCGUCCUUUUUCUCGCCUUCGCAGCAACAACCCUCCUCGUCUCCCUCUCAACCUGCCUCUUCCUUGGCAUCCUCGUCUCAAUCGCCAUUACCUUCUUCCUAGUCGGCUUCGCCCUCCUCUUUGUUGUCCCCACCGUCAUCAUCGCCAGCUGUUCGGCUACCAUCAUCUUCAUCUGGGGCUUCGUGGGCUACAUUAUCCUACGCAGGUUCAAUGAGGGUGAGGAGCCAGCUAAGCUUGGCACGCGCGUUGGUGACAAGUUGCACAAGUUGACAGGCGGUAGAUCGGGAUAUUUCCAAGGCGAUCAGACAUCUGAGGAGAGCAGUCGCGACCGAGACGUGGUGGGUGCUGGAAAAUCUGCAAAGGGCCAUGAUGGUGGUGCUGGGCACGCAUAUGGUGGUGUAUCGUCGAGUGCGCGCGACGGCGGGCCUGUGAAUGGCGUGAAUGGCACACAGGGUGCUGUUGAGUGGGAGAGGAAAUGGGAUGGUGUCAAGUCCGAGCCUGUUGUCUUGGAUACGGAGAACGUCUUUGAGGCCCUGAAAGCGGAGACUCCAGUCGCUUAG